AAUUGAGAAACAAAGUUCUUCCCUUUCUCUCUCCCCACAGCUUCCAAAAACCUCAUAAAUCCUCGUUUUUUUCGAAACUCUAAGAAGGAAAGCCGAGUCUUUUAACCGAGUUGGAAGCGAGAUGGCAACUCAGCUCCCUGACGAUUUCAAGUGUCCAAUAUCUCUUGAGAUAAUGUCCGACCCGGUUAUCCUUCCAUCCGGUCACACCUUCGACCGGGUAUCAAUCCAACGGUGGCUAGACGCUGGUCAUUGGACUUGUCCGAUUACCAAACUGCCCUUGCCUGAACACCCUUGUCUCAUCCCGAACCAUGCACUUCGCUCCUUAAUUUCCAACUAUACCCUCGUCGCUCCGUCAAAGUCACAGCCAUGGCCUCAGCCCCAAACCGUCAUCUCUGUUCUGAUCUCUCCAUCGUCCCCUAUCGAAACCAAGCUUAACUCUAUCGCGCAGUUCGCUAGACUCACCAAACAUGACUCGUCACUUCGCCGUAUGCUAACCGAGUGGGGAGCAGCCCCUACGGUUCUCAGGUGUGUCGGCUCGGAUGAUUCGAAUUUACAGGAAAAGGCGCUCUCUUUACUCCUUAAUCUCAGCCUAGAAGAUGAUAACAAAGUGGGUUUAGUCGCGGAAGGCGCGAUUAACCGGGUCGUCAAGGUCUUGCGUCUUGGGUCACCCGAUCGCAGAGCCAUAGCUGCAACAAUUAUAACGAGUUUAGCCGUCGUGGAAGUCAAUAAAGCAACGAUAGGAGCAUACCCGGAUGCGAUUCAGGCAUUGGUUUGGCUUCUGAUUUCAGGGAAAGGAAGGGAAAAGAAAGAGGCAGCAACGGCUCUUUAUGCAAUUUGUUCAUUUUCUGAUAACAGAAGGAGAGCUAUCGAUUGCGGGGCGGUGCCGAUACUGAUCGGAUUAUUGGAUUCUGGCUUGGAAAGGGCAAUUGAAGUGUUGGGAGUAUUGGUGAAAUGUAAAGAAGGGAGAGAAGAGAUGAUGAAGGUCAAUGGGUGUGUCAAGGUUUUGGUUCAAGUUUUAAGGAAUGGGAGUUCAAGGGGAAUUCAAUAUGGGUUGUUUACAUUGAAUUGUUUGUGUCAUUGUGGCGAAAGGCUGUGUUUCGAAGCGAUGAACGAAGGGGUUUUGGAGAUUUGUAUGGGGUUAAUAAAGGAAGAGAACGAGAAGAUAAGGCGAUACACUUCGAGUUUGGUUCAGACAUUGAGAGACAAUCAUGCUAUUGGAUGAAUUUAAAAAACUUUCAGUGCUGGAAAUGGGGGUGAGUUGUUGUUGUAGUUCAGUUCACAGUUUGAUUGUACAAUAGGAAACACAUAUUAGAUUUUUGUAUCCACGUAUAUCUGAAAUAAAGGGGAAAAACAUGGUUGAAGGAGAGUGCUUGUUGGUUCUCCCUCAGAAAUUUUUG